CUUUCCCCCUUCACUGCCCCUUUUUCCAAUCCCGAAUUCCUUCUAACUAUUCUUUUCCCUCCCUUCAAAGUAACUGCCAUUUCUUGCCUUAACAGCUCUACUUUUUUCUUCAUAAACUUAAAUAAAUCUUACAACUCCGAAGAUGGUCGACGUUGACCGGAGGAUGACAGGUCUGAAUCCGGCCCACAUAGCCGGGCUCCGCCGUCUUUCAGCCAGAGCUGCCGCCGCCGCCAUCCCGUCGACUUAUGUUAAUCCUCCCAGUAACAGCUUAUUCUCCUUCAACACCUUAGCUGAUAAAGUGGUUGCCCACCUGAAGAAUUCGGGUAUCCGGGUGGAGGUUGGCUUGUCGGAAUCGGAGUUUGCCAGAACGGAAGCAGAGUUUAAGUUUGCCUUCCCUCCCGACCUCAAAGCUAUUCUCUCCGCCGGGCUGCCGCUCGGAAAUGGGUUUCCGGACUGGCGGUCCUACGGCGCCGCCCGUCUGCAGCUCCGAGCGUCGAUUGACCUCUCAAUUGCCGCCAUGUCUUUCCACGUUGCCCGGAACGAUCUCUGGUCCAAGUCUUGGGGGUUAAGGCCGUCUGACCCGGAAAAGGCAAUCAAAUUCGCCAGGAAUGCUCUCCGGAAAGCUCCGCUUCUGAUACCCAUUUUCAACCACUGCUACAUUCCUUGUAAUCCUUCGCUAGCGAGAAACCCGAUUUUCUACGUAGACGAGAAUCGGAUUUACUGUUGCGGAUUAGAUCUCUCCGACUUCUUCGAUCGCGAGUCUGCUCUGUUUCGGAGCUCGGAAAUUCGCUCAAUUGACGAAAUCUCCGCCGGAUCAUCUUUCAAUUUUUCCAGGAGAAGUCUCGAUGCAGUCACCGGAGGGAGGAGGCCACGCUGGGUUGAGUUCUGGAGCGACGCCGCCAUGGAUAGACGCCGGAGGAACUCCCACUCGUCUUCCUCGACUUCUGAAUCUCAAUCUCCUGAACAGUACUUCGAUUUGCCCAGGCCCGAAGUUCCGAAAUGGGUCAACCAGUACAUAGAGCGAAUCGGGUCGGUUUUGAGAGCGGGCGGCUGGAGCGAAUCAGACACCUCGGAGAUCAUUAACGUUUCUCCAUCCGGUUUCUUCGACGGGGAGAUGGUGCUUCUGGACGACCAAGCGGUUAUGGAUGCCCUUCUGGUGAAAGCGGAUCGUUUCUCGGAUUCGCUCCGGAAAGCGGGAUGGAGCUCCGAAGACGUUUCGUACGCAUUGGGGUUUGAUUUCCGAACGGAGAAAGUGAGGAAACAGAGGAAAGAACUGUCGCCGGAGUUGGCGGAGAAGAUCGGGAAACUGGCCGAAUCAGUUUCCUUGUCGUCGUCAUCAUUUUAGUUGCCUUUUCCUUUCUGGUGCAACGGGCAUUUACUGGCUAUCGGCAAAACCGAAAGAUUCGUUUCUUUAUCGUACUUUUUACGCUUUUUUAUACAUUUAAUUUUUUUUUAUUAACUAUAGGUUCGAAAAAGACAAUAGACAUACACAAACAAAAAGGGGUAAACAUUGUAUGAUAGUUGUUCGGAUAAUCCUAACCUUUCUAAUAAGGUGUAGAGAUUUAUAUUAGUAAUGCUCUUGAGAUAAUGUAAGAUAGUUCAUUAUUACUAAA